AUGAGUUCCAUCGACCAUGACCUCACCCCAUCGGCCCCGGCCCAGACCUUUGCUCACAUGCAGGAACAGUCCCUCCCGCUUGGCUCCGGACGGCAACAUCUAGCUUCGACAGGCGACUCGGACGCCAAGUACUUCACCUCGGCUCGCGCGCCUGCUGCCGAGCGUGCGUCCUUCCUCGAAUCUGGCCCGGCACCCGCGUUCUCCAGGUCCUCUCUCUACCAGAUUGGCAUGGUCGAAGGACUCACUCCGCCAGCGCACGCCUCGGUCUCGGCCGUCGGCACCUCUCCCGUCGAAGUCAGCAGCGUCGUCACCGCAGGUCUCGAAAUGGGCCUCGGUGUCAGCCUCGCCUCCUCUGCGCUGAUGACGCACAUCCCCGGCGCAAAAGCGGCCGCACUCUCGGGUCUCGCCGAACCGCGCUACUCUCGCCCUCACCAAAGCCCGUUCGAGCCGCUUCCAACUGCGCGCGAUGCCGCCUUCGAGCUGCAGACCUCGCCAACCACGUCCAGACUCGACUUUGACAGCAGCCCGGAAGCCGCAUCAGCUGCCGACAGCCUCCCUUACCGCUUUGCUCGCAGUCCCGAGCGUGUUGCAGAUGGAUUCGAGGGGGAUCUGCACCGCAGGCGCACCACGGGCACGCGUCAGUCGAAGGCCCGCAUCGAGCCCAUGAGGCUCGGUCGACACCAUCGCGCCGACACGCACGACGCCAUCUUGUCCUCUGAACCUUCUCCCGCCGUCACCGCCGAGAUCGCCAAGCAGCAGUACUACCAAAACAACUACAUUGCGCUUCGCAACGAGGCCAAGAUCCUCACGCAUGGUCUGCCAAGCAGCUUCAACAUGGACGCCCCGCUCUCGGCUGCUACCAGUCUUGACCGCGAACCCUCGCUCGGAGGUCGGAGCAGCACCCACGCGCAGGCCUCUGUCAGCGGCAGCACGCAGCUUCAAACACCUUCGCUCGAUGACAAGGCUAUGCUCUCUCCCGAUGCACACUACCUCCCUUCCGGCCAUCCCUUCGCUGCAGCUACUGCCUCGUCCAGUCCGUUCCACCACCCCGCUCAUCACGCCGAAGCUGCAGGCUGGAAGUCGAUUCGACAGGGUCGUGCUGCCAACGCCCAUGGUCCCACGCAGGCGGCUUUGCUCGGCUUGGGAGGCGGCAGUCACUUUGGCCCGGGCGUCCGCGCAAAGGUGUCCGAGGUGCUGCCUCAUCUCGUCUCCAGCAUCCCGCUUUCCGGCGAGGAGGGAGAGACCAUCACUAUUGCUGAAUACGGCAGUCUCAACACCAGAUCCGUUAACCUGAUGCAAGCCAUCAUCUCGUUCUUCGUUGACAAGGCACACGCCAACACGCCGCGUCGCGAAGCCGGCAAGAGCCAGGACGCUAGCGACUACUUCCCCGGGCUCGACGCGGCUGGCGCUGCCUCGUUGCGAUCCAUCUUGGGCGUCGACGCUGCCGUCGACGACCCUUGCAAGGUCAACUUUUCCAUUAUCCACGAAGAUUCGCCUCAGGCCGACUUUCGUCCUUUGUCUCAAAUGCUCGACACGAACCCCGACUCGUACCUGCACCCGCAGUGGCAGGCAACCCACGAGCCACCUCUGCACAAUGCCAUCUUUCCGAGCUUUGUCUCGCGGCCCUUCGCGUCGCGCAUCGCUCCGCCCUCGACUCUGCAUCUCGGCAUCAGCUUGAUGGAUCUGCACUGGUCGCACACGCCACGAAGCUCCACCGUCUCGCUCUCGACUUCGGCACACGCUGAGCUCGCCGCUUUCCUCACGGCCAGGGCGCACGAGUUCCGCACGGGCGGUGUGAUUGUGAUGGCUUACAUUGCUCGAUCCGAGGACAGCAACGUUGUUCUUCCCGAUCGACCCAAGUCUACCGUGAACACCACCGCCUCUUCGCUCGACUCGGACGACGCUUCGCACUCGCCUGCUGAUGGCGCUGGUGUGGAGGAUCAAGCCAUCUCGCCACGUAUUCCGAUGCUGCGCAAGGAACGAAGGCGUUCCAACUCGUCUCCCAAUCGACCGUCGUUCGCCGGCGCGGGCAACGCAGCAGACGCGCUCGGCAAGCCUUUGGACAUCUGGUCCACGCUCACCAGCACGCUUGCGCCGUGCUUGCAGCGUCUCGUCUCAUGCGGCAUGCUCAAGAGCGACGUGGCGCGACACUUGCUCAGCCUGCCCAUGCACGCGCGCACUCCUCGGCAGACGCGCAACGUGCUCAAGUCGGUCAAGCAUCUGUGGAAGGUGGAGUGGAGCUGUGGCCUCGGCGACGAGCCUAUCUGUGCCGAUACUCCGCCCUCGCUGAGAUGCGAAGCCGAACCACUGCGACUGCCGCAUCCUGCGUGGAAGGCUUUGCAGGCGGGUACACUCUCGCGCGUCGCUUUUGCCGAACACAUGAUCCAGCUGUUCAAGAACCUGUAUGAGUCGCACUUCCGCGCCAUCCUGCGAGAGAAGGGCAAGCUCAGCAAAGGGGCCGUCGAGUUUGUGCUCGAUUCGCUGUGGGACGUGCUCCAGUCCAGGAUCGACGAUCAGGAGCCGUGCCCCAUCGCAGAAUGCGAGCUCGAAGUGCAAAUCGUUGCUCUGCGUCGUAUCUAG